UGCUCUGCAGGUGACCAGUAUGUCGUUGUCUCUCACAAACAGAGGAGCAUCACACGAGAACGAAGGAAGUUAUGCCGUCAUGACUCUCAAAGCCUUUCAGCUGGAGUUCUGGUUCGUGUGUUCGUCCCCGGGAGCCUUCACCCGGUGAUCAGGACACGCAUCCGUCCAGGAGGAAUGGCGAUAUCGAAGAAUACUUUGACCAUCCUCGUCCUGCUAGGGACGCUGCUGCUUUUUAAAACCAGGAACGUCAGUGACUUUUCCUGCCUGCUCUCAACCGAACACCGUGAAGAAAGCUUUCUGUCUCACACGCGGGAGAAAAGGAGCGUGCUGUCAGGGCAGCAGAAUUACACGGUUGACAUUGUAGUGAACUCGUCUACCGUUGGAACCUUGGAGAAACUCUUGUCUGCGCUGAACGCCACUGGUUCACCCAUACAACUGGCCAACAACACAGAGAUCGACCAAGUUAGCGUCACCACAGUGUGCGUCUACAACCAGACGGCCGUCCAGUGUAGGUGCGAGGAUCAGUUUGCUUGGCCGUACAGCGUCUGCGUCCAAUACGGAGCCUGUGAUGUCAUAUCCAACGGCGUCUGUAAAUGCGUCAACGCAAUCCCAGCUGGUGACCUUUUCUGCAGGCCGAUCUCAGAGCUGCUAUCUCCUGUGGAGUAUGAAGUUGUUGUGGAACUGAAUGUCACAGACAUCAACACCGUGGACCUUCUGAGAAAACUACUGAGCAAUGACAGCUACUUCCCCGCUUUGGGGCCAACGGCGAAUGUCACGGACAUCGAAAUGACCACAGUUUGCAGCCCAGAUGUUUCUGGGUUCCAGUGCCGCUGUGAGAACGGCUACCUCUGGCCGUGUGACAAGUGCGCCACCUAUGGGAAAUGUGAUGGCGAUGCAGACAGCACAUGCAGCUGCAUUAAAAGCAUUCCCACAGACGGGCGCUACUGUCAGCAGAAUGUUACAUCAUGUCCUCCUACAACUAUCGCUCCAUCAUCAGCUCCUCCCGCCAGCAAUUCUGAAUACCUCAUAUCUAUUGAGCUGAACACCACUGAUGUGGCGGCGAUAAACAAACUGAGGAGCAUUCUGGGAAACUUCAGCUACCCACUCAGCAUCAGCAACGACACGCAGGUGUCUGCUCUCAACAUUUCCACUGUCUGUUCUCCAACCAGUGGUGGUUUCCAGUGCAGAUGUGAGGAUCAGUACCGCUGGUCAUGUGACCAGUGUCUAGCGCACGGAUCAUGUGACAACAUCACUGACGACACAUGUGGAUGCAUCAACGCUCUUCCUCCUGAUGGACAGUACUGCCAGCUGGUGCAUCAGAUGAACUCAACAUCCUGUCCUGUUAUAACACCUGCUCCAACAACAACUGCUCCAACAAGUACGCCUGCUCCAACAACCACACCUGCUGCAACAACUGCUCCAAUAACAACACCUGAUGCAACAACAACACCUGAUCCAACAACUGCUCCAACAACCACACCUGCUUCACCAACAACCACACCUGCUUCACCAACAACCACACCUGCUCCAACAACGUCUCCAGCUGUCUAUGAAUACCUGCUUUCUGUUGAGCUGAACACCACAGAUGUUUCAGUUGUAGCAUUGCUGAGAAACAUCAGUUACCCCCUCAGCCUCAACGGAGUCACGCAAAUCUCCUACAUCAACGUUUCUACAGUCUGUUCUCCAACCAGUGGUGGUUUCCAGUGCAGAUGUGAGGAUCAGUACCGCUGGUCAUGUGACCAGUGUCUAGCGCACGGAUCAUGUGACAACAUCACUGACGACACAUGUGGAUGCAUCAACGCUCUUCCUCCUGAUGGACAGUACUGCCGGAAUGUCCAUCAGCAGCACACUGCGGUUUGUCCGACUACAUCACCGUCUCCACCACCAACAUCUUUCACAACAGGUCUUUCAACAGCGGCUCUAACAACCCCAACAACAUUUCCGACACACGACCCGCCUUUUGCCAUAACAACCAUGAGCACAACUACAGCUGCAACAACAUCUGUAACAACGCCUCCAGUUUUCUUUGAGUACCAGAUUUCUGUGGAGCUAAACUUUGUCGACGCGACAGCGAUCAAUGCUCUGAGAGGAACUCUGACAAACAUCAGCUUCCCCGUCAGCGUCGACAACAUCCUCAUCUCUCAUGUCAACAUCUCUACAGUGUGCCACCCCAACGGUACAGAAUACCAGUGCAGAUGUGAACCGCAGUACGGCUGGCCUUGUCACAUGUGCAACACUUUUGGUGACUGCAGUGAGACAUCUGAUAACACUUGUGGAUGCAUCGAUGCUCUUCCUGCAAACGGGACUUUCUGCGAGCUGCUGACAGAUGAUCUGUUCUGCCCAUCGCCACCUUCAACGACUGCUUCCACAAUAGGUCUUUCAACAGCGGCUCUAACAACCCCAACAACAUUUCCGACACACGACCCACCUUUUGCCAUAACAACCAUGAACACAACUACAGCUGCAACAACAUCUGUAACAAAUUCAACAUCUGUUGCCACGACAACCAUUGAGACAACUACAGCUGCAGCAACAUCUGUAAUAAAUUCAACAUCUGUUGCCAUGACAACCAUUGACAUGACUACAGCUGCAACAACAUCUGUAACAAAUUCGACAGCGGUGAAUACAACAGCAGUUACUACAACAACGGCGACAUUUUCCACUGAACCGACAACAACAGCGACAGACUUAAUGACUAAUGCAACAAGUCCAGCACCUGCAAUUACUACAAGUAUUACUAGCGAGACCACAGCACCCAACACCACUGCUGUCUCCUCUGUCCCCACCACGACCAGAACCACAACUACCGCCUCGAUUACCAAUAAUACAACUACUGCCUUUGUCCCGACACCAACGAAUGCCACAGCUACUACACCUGCCCCCACCACCACGAAUAUUUCAACAACAACCACUAUUGCCCCCACAACUAAUACUACAGCAGCUAUCACUGACCCUACAACGGCUAAUAUUACAACUACAACAACAACCGGUAACCCCACCACCACUACUGUUAUGAUUGUUAACACGACUGCUACCAGUACUCCAACCGCAACCAACAUUACAACCGCUAACACGAUCCCUACCACAAACAACAUUGUGACAACUACCACAACCUCCCCCACAAUCCACCCCACAAGCAAUGCCACAGUCCCCACCGACAUCCCCACCAUGACCAGUACCGUGACUGCUAAGACUUCCCAGUCCACCUUUACCACCACCACCACUAUCUUAACCACAACUAGUACCAUGACUAAUACAACCACCCCGCCCAGCUCCGAUGUUGCGACUAUUGCGACGAUCCCCACCACCAUCGCUACCACCGAUACAUCUACAACUCCCUCUACCACAAUUGGCACGACUGUGGCUACUACUGCUGACCCAGCAACAUCCGAUCCCACAACCUCUACCACUGUCUCAACUACAACAACAACUUCUCCAACCACUGCUCCAACCACUGCUCCAGCCACUGCUCCAACCACUGCUCCAACGACUGCUCCAACCACUGCUCCAACGACUGCUCCAACAACUGCUCCAACAACUGCUCCAACAACUGCUCCAACCACUGCUCCAACAACUGCUCCAACCACUGCUCCAACCACUGCUCCAACCACUGCUCCAACCACUGCUCCAACCACUGCUCCAACGACUGCUCCAACAACUGCUCCAACAACUGCUCCAACAACUGCUGCAACAACUGCUCCAACAACUGCUCCAACCACUGCUCCAACAACUGCUGCAACCACCACUCCAACUGCCGCUCCAACUGCCGCUCCAACCGCCGCUCCAACCACCGCUCCAACCGCCGCUCCAACCACUGUCCUCCCCACGGUUGUAAGCACAGCAGCUCCCACUGUACCUGAUCCAACUUCAUCUACGGCAACAGCCGUUGACAUGGAAAUGUCUCUUACCUUUGACAUGGACUUCGUACCGGACUAUGACAAUAAAUUCAGCCCUGCAUACCAAGAGCUUGAAUCAAAAGUUGUCGUAGUGCUAAGGGAGCAGUACAGCCAUAUCCCUGGAUUUAUUAAUGUUUAUGUGACAGGAUUCAGAAGUGGAAGUGUAAUUACAGACUUUGUAGUCCAGACAGCAACCGUUAAUGAGGCUCAAAUGAUCGAAGCAAACAAGAAUCUCACAACAGCAGCAGGCUCGAUUGCCCCCGUCAUCGGCUCAGUUGUUACAAAGUAUAACAGUAAAACCACAAUCAGUUUUCCAGAUCACACGUUCACUGGUGGAACAAUGCAGCUGAUUUGUAGUCCUGCGGAGAUUAACAUGGGAAGGAUUUCUAAAGCUGAGUGGAAGUUUAAUGGCCGGAAAAUUAAAGGAGAGAGGUUUCAAAUAUCUCAUUCUGACACACGGUCCACGCUAACGGUGAAGAGUGUCAUCCUUGCUGACGCUGGACUCUAUGAAUGUACUCUGUCUGGAGACGAUUUAGCUUUCUCCCAAAAGGGAGACGUGUUGGAGGCUAAUAUCCGUGCGGCUCCUGUUGUGCGGGUAUCAAACGAAAUUAACACUGAAUGCAAAGUGAAUGAGGUUCAACCGCUCAAGUGUUGUGUGCAGGCGACCUACAAAGUCCAGUGGUAUGAUGGUUCAACGCCUUUAGAGACGGGUAUUCCUGAUGACACAAACUGCAUCCAGCUUAAUUAUGAAAUAAAAAGCUGCGAUGGACCAGAAGAAAGAACAUUUACGUGUAAAGUUGAUGGCGGAGAAAGUUUUACAGCAACAACAAAGCUGAUCAUUUUCACGGAACGAUUGACAUGUGAGGAUGGCGUCUAUGGGACUGGGCGAGUGGGCGACAAAUCAAGCAUAAUGUGUGAAAAAGGUCAAGAGGGGAAGAAAACUGCGGUGUGUCAAGAAACAGGAGUGUGGGAACUGAAGGAGGACACCUGCAUCAUUACCACAAUCAAUGAACUGCUGAUUGAUUCACAGGAUCUGGUUGAAGAAGAGGUGGUGCAGUUUGUUCGGAACGUCAGUGAGUCUGUCAAGAAAGAGGAAUCGGAAAUCGCAGAUUCUUCUGCAACAAUAGUGGCGAUUGUCGACAUCUUAAAUACCAUUGCAAAUGUUUCCACCACCGUCAACGAGGAAGUCAUGCAGGAUGUUCUUGACACCGUUGAUGUCAUCAUUAGUGAAGAUGCAAAAGAAUCCUGGGGAUUUCUGAAUUCAAAUAAAUCCCAAAAUGCGAGCUCGGAGCUCCUGAGUUCACUGGAAACCCUCUCAAAUGAACUGAAUGGGACAUUUGCAAUCGAGACUCAACGCAUCCAGUUCAACAGAAGCACGUUCAACAGCUCUUUCAAUGGAGAGCUGACCGCCAACACUUCCAUACUAAUUCCAACCGAUGACAACCUCGUUAAUGUCUUCAUCACCACCAUCGUCCUCUCCACGCUCAACAACGUCAUGCCAGCUCGAAACUCCACGUUUGACCCCGACCUCUACAAUACGACCACCAAUGAAACCGUAACUGACAACGCCAUCAACGGCGCCGUUGUGCUUGUCAAAGUAAGCGAGACCAUUCGAAAUGUCACCCUGAGCUACACCAAGCUCAACGGAAGCCUGUCAUUGGACCCACAGUGUGUCUUCUGGAAUUUCACACUGCUGGAUAACCUGGGCGCUUGGGAUGAGCAGGGGUGUACGUUCGUCUCCGACAUAAACAACACAGUAACCUGCAACUGCACCCACCUGACCUCCUUCUCCAUUCUGAUGUCGACAGACAUCCCUGAAGCAGUGAGAGAAAUCUUGGAUAUAAUCACUUACAUCGGAGUUGGGAUAUCUCUGGCAAGCUUAGUUAUAUGCCUCAUUAUUGAGGGAUACGUGUGGAAGGCCAUGACCAAAAAUAGCACGUCCUUCAUGCGACACGUAGCCAUCGUUAACACAGCAGUGUGUCUGCUGAUCGCUAACAUCUGUUUCAUCAUUGGUGCCUCUAUUUCUAAGAACCCAUCUGAAAACCCGGACGAGGACCACGACGUUCCAGUCAACCCAUGUUCAACGGCAACGUUCUUCAUGCACUUUUUCUACCUUGCUCUGUUCUUCUGGAUGCUCGUGUCGGGGCUUUUGCUCUUUUACCGGACAGUCAUGGUCUUCUCCCACAUGUCCAAGUCCACCAUGCUGGCCAUCGGCUUCUCUUUGGGUUAUGGCUGCCCUCUAAUCAUAGCCGUCAUCACUGUUGCUUCAACAGCCCCGGGAAGUGGAUACAUAAGGAAGGAUUAUGCUUGUUGGCUGAACUGGGAUCGGACGAAGGCCUUGCUGGCCUUGGUUAUACCUGCCCUGACUAUUGUUUUGAUCAACAUUUUGUUCGUGAUUGUGGUUUUGUACAAAAUGCUGAGGAGGGGCGUUGGAAACAAUGCCCAGCCAGAGGAGAGACAUACACUUGUGGUCAUUCUAAGAUGUGUGGCCAUUCUGACUCCUUUAUUUGGCCUGACCUGGUCUUUGGGAGUUGGAACCAUGAUAUCGUCACACGAUAGAGGAAUCCACAUUGCUUUUGCAUUCUUCAACUCACUGCAGGGUUUCUUCAUUCUUGUAUUCGGGACGCUGUUUGAUUCCAAGAUUCGUUCUCUCCUCUCUAAACGAGCACCAACGCCAGGCUCUUCCUCAAAUACAACGAGAAGCACAAGUGCCGGCGUUUCCUCUUUGAGUGGAACUAAUUUGUUCAGUCGACUCCGUGGAAGAAGAAAUGUCUACCAUGUUUCCCAGGCUGCAACCUUGAUCCAUGGCAACAGCUCAUCUGAGUCAUUUAACAGUAUCUAAAUCACUGCAAUAGUUUGUACACAUGUAAGCAUUUAUGUAAUUAGUCAUGUUUCUAUUUUAUUGUACAAGCAGCUCUAUACAAAUAAAACAGGUGCAAUAUAUCUUAAAGCCACUCUAUGUAGUAUUACCACUUCUGAGCACAAGGGGCAGAGAUGUCUGCUGCCUUGACAGAAGAAUGGAGAUGUGUAUUGUAAUACCACUUUUUACCACUAGAGGUGCACAUCAAUUGCGUGUCAUGUCUAGACACAUGAUGAUUCUUCAGAUCAGGAGUGGGAAACCUUGGUCCUCGAGGGCCGGUGUCCUGAAUGUUUUAGAUGUUGCCCUGCUUCAGCACACCCUGAUACAAAUGACUGCCGUCAACAGACUUCUGCAGACCUUGAUGACGACCUAAUAACAACCGUUAAUCUGAAUCAGGUGUUCUAGCAGGAAAACAACUAAAACAUGCAGGACACUGCUUCACACUGCUUCAAAUGUGCUGCCCCCAUGUGGUCAGAGGUGAUAUUCCUACAGAGGGUGAUUUAAAUUGUUUAAAGGUAUAGUCUGUAAUCGUAUUCAAAAACAUUUAUUGUUAUACUGGGUGAAAUGGUCCUUCCAUCCUGAGAGUAGCCAGUGAAUAAUGUGUUCAGAAAAAGGAAAGAAAAAAAUCCGACCUCUCUGACAGCUUUAAUCCUGUAAAAACUCUGACCAAUCUGUUUUUUUGCGCACCGAAUGGCACGGAUUGGUCAGAGGACCAGAGGAUUGGCAGGGGGGAAAGAACCAAUCAGAUGCCUUCAUUUUAAGUCCCGCCCACGCUCCCCUCUGUCCCAUGCGCGCACUUGUCAUGUUGAAAAUGUUGCCGGAAAACCUCACACACUCGAGUCACGUUUGCUGAAGAAUGGCGCAGAAAACGAGAAACGAGGGGUCUCCAUCCCGGCGAGGGCGGAGAAUGCCGGUGCGGGUGGCGGUGCGGGUGGCGGUGCGCUGCGGUGCUGUGCAAGCUCUGGAGCCACGGCUACGCCGUAGCCUAUGCCGUAGCCUAUGCCGUAGCCUAUGCCGUAGCCUAUGCCGUAGCCUAUGCCGUAGCCUAUGCCGUAGCCUAUGCCGUAGGGUACACCGUAGGCUACGCCAUAGUGUACGCGGCGACGCGCACCAUUCUGCGUUGGUGUAACGUGGAACCAUAAAUCAGCCUUUAGUGUGUGCUCUGUGUGCUGUUCUGAACACUUCGUCCCUCCGCCGAGACACAACUUUUGCGGUAUGCGCUCAUUGUUGUGUCUAAAAAUGAUGCCCAGUGCCCACCCAAUCAGCAACGGUACAGAUAUUCUGUGAUAUUUUUUCAUAUUUAUAAAAAAAUAAAAUUAUAAAAAAAUAAGGGUCCCCAUAACUUUGUUUGGGUGGGCACAGCCCACCCCUGCCCCCCCCUAAAACCGGCAUCGCUUACAGGUGAAUGAGACAUGGGGUAGUUUUGUUGAAAAUCUGCUGUCCAAAAUGUCCUGGAAAACUCGACUCCUGCAAAUGCGCGUUCCCUAAAGUUUGUGGGGGCGUGGCUUUGGACGGAGCGCUGACGGGAGGGGGAGGAGGGGGCGGGGCUUAGAGGAGGUGCCACUUUCAAAUCUUGCUAGCUCUCCAACAUUACUGACUAUACCUUUAAGUUCGAUGGUAAAUAUCAGAAAAGAAACUGUGAAAUCAUAUUUUAAUAUUUUAUGACUACUUGAAACAGUAUUGCUGAUAAAAAAAGAUCUUAGAUACGAAACAAUUAAUGACGUGUCUUAUGCGACUAUUUAGCAAUGGGAACUAUCAGUUUUAUUGACCUUGUCUUAAACUGUUUCCACAGUUUGAAAUCACCAAUAGUCACUUUUGCAUUUUCUUUGUAAAAACAUUAAGAUGUCACCUUAAAAGAAAAUGUUAGUAAUCAAUGAAUUUCUUUGUGUGUUUCCUGUGGUCUAAAAAAAUCAUCAUGUUGAGAAAACUUUAAUAAUAUUAAUACACAUAAAUGAUGAUAUAAAUUGUAAAUAAAAACUGUGAAAAUGCUGUCUGUAAAAAGUGCUGUCAGUGUUUUAAAUCGCUGGGAUCAGAGACAACAAAAGUUUACUCCUGGUUGGAACCUGGAUGGAACCACUGAAACUCUAGUUGGAAAACAACUUGUUAUCACAUCCAGGAUGAAAGCCAAGGAUCAGAACAAUAAAACAAGCACAGAAAUCGUAAUAAAACACAAUCCAACAGAAAGUCUGACAGCACGUGUACAGAGGGGAACAGGAGAUGCUUUUUUUCAAAAAAAAAAUUUCUUUUUUUUUUUCGUUUUUUCCCUCAUAAAUAUCAACAGUCACGUUCCAUUACAGACAUAAAUGUGUACUAAUCUGUGCAUAUCAAUA